AGGAAUAUUUUCCAAUCAUUCACUCGCAUAAACUCAUCUGUGCCACAAGCUCCUGCCAUGGCCAGGAAAAGUGUUCCUCGGACAAGUAGUUUCCUGUGAAGGCUCUACUCGACACAUAUGAGAUCUGCUUCUCCUUUGUUACCUCAACGGACCAAGAUGAUGCUUCGGCUGCUGCUAGUUCUGUCCAUUUGGGUGGGAUCCUAUGAAGCUGACUCUGUCCAGUCCGAACGGCGAGUUGUAGCACACAAUCCUGGUGACAUCAUCAUCGGAGCGCUGUUCUCUGUCCAUCAUCAGCCUCCUGCUGACAAGGUACACGAGCGCAAAUGUGGCGCGGUGCGGGAGCAGUACGGCAUCCAGAGGGUGGAGGCCAUGAUGUACACGCUGGACCGCAUCAACGCUGACCCGUUCAUCCUGCCCAACAUCUCCCUGGGCUGCGAGAUCCGGGACUCCUGCUGGCACUCGGCCGUGGCUCUGGAGCAGAGCAUCGAGUUCAUACGGGAUUCACUGGUCUCCUCUGACGACGCAGAGGAGUGGGGGGGCGGAGGGGGACUAGGGGGAGGAGGAGGUGGCGGAGGAGCGAGCACGGUGAAGUGUUCAGACCCCUCGGCCACUCCCAUGCGGGGGAAGAAACCCAUCGUGGGUUUAAUUGGACCGGGGUCAAGCUCUGUGGCCAUCCAGGUCCAGAACCUUCUACAGCUGUUCAACAUACCACAGAUUGCCUACUCUGCCACCAGUAUGGACCUCAGCGACAAGAGCCUUUUUAAGUACUUUAUGCGGGUGGUGCCUUCAGAUGCCCAGCAGGCAAGAGCUAUGGUGGACAUUGUCAAGAGAUACAACUGGAGUUAUGUGUCUGCUAUACACACCGAAGGCAACUACGGUGAAAGUGGAAUGGAAGCAUUCAAGGACAUGGCAGCUAAGGAGGGCAUCUGUAUCGCCCACUCUGGCAAAAUCUGGAGCAAUGCUGGAGAGCAGAGCUUUGAUCGGCUGCUGGAGCGGCUGCGGGCCCAUCUGCCCAAAGCCCGGGUGGUGGCUUGUUUCUGUGAAGGCAUGACUGUCCGCAACAUCCUCAUGGCCAUGAGACGCCAGGGACUGGUGGGAGAGUUCCUGCUCAUCGGCAGUGAUGGAUGGGCCGACCGGUAUGAUGUAACAGAUGGUUUUGUUAGGGAAGCAGCAGGUGGCAUUACCAUCAAGCUCCAGUCGGCUGAUGUGAAAUGGUUUGAUGAUUACUACCUUAAACUUCGUCCAGAAAACAACCCCAGAAACCCCUGGUUUCCAGAGUUCUGGCAGCAUCGUUUCCACUGUCGACUUAAAGGUCACCCGCAGGAGAACAACAAAUUCAACCGCACCUGUGGCAAGCGAGAGUCGCUUCGGCAGCAGUAUGCACAGGACACCAAGAUGGGGUUUGUCAUAAAUGCCAUCUACUCGAUGGCAUAUGGCCUGCAUAACAUGCAACGGGCACUCUGCCCAGGCUAUCAGGGCCUGUGUGAUGCCAUGCGACCUAUAGAUGGUUCUAUGCUGCUAGACUUCUUGAUGAAAACCAACUUCACCGGAGUGUCAGGAGAGGGAAUCUUAUUUGAUAAGAAUGGAGACUCACCUGGCAGGUACGAAAUAAUGAACUUCAAGAAGAUGGGGAAGGACUACUAUGACUAUAUUAAUGUUGGCAGUUGGGACAACAGAGGCUUGAAGAUAGAUGAUGAUGAAAUCUGGCCCAACAAGGAAGGCAUCAUCAAGUCAGUCUGCAGUGAACCCUGUGACAAAGCACAGAUAAAGGUGAUCCGUAAAGGGGAGGUGAGCUGCUGCUGGACGUGCACUCCCUGUAAAGAAAAUGAGUUUGUGUUCGACGAGUACACCUGCCGAGCCUGUGAACUGGGCUCCUGGCCGACCUUUGACCUCACAGGCUGUGACCCCAUCCCAGUGGAGUACCUGCGGUGGGGAGACCCUGAACCGAUAGCUGCUGUGGUCUUCGCCUGCCUCGGGCUCAUGUUCACAUUCUUUGUCACUGCAGUCUUCAUCAGGUUCCGGGACACCCCAGUAGUGAAAUCUUCCAGUCGGGAGCUGUGCUACAUCAUACUGGCAGGGAUCUGCAUGGGGUACCUGUGUACCUUCAGCCUCAUUACCAAACCCCAUGUAGUCCACUGCUACCUCCAACGGCUGGGAAUAGGCCUGUCACCUGCCAUGAGCUACUCUGCACUCGUCACCAAGACAAAUCGCAUUGCUCGGAUUCUGGCAGGCAGCAAGAAGAAGAUCUGUACAAAGAAACCUCGCUUCAUGUCCGCCUGCGCUCAGCUCAUCAUUGCCUUCCUCCUCAUACUGUUGCAGCUGGGCAUCAUCGUGGCUCUCUUCCUCAUGGAGCCACCAGAGGUGAUCCAUGACCACCCCAGCAUCCGCCAGGUUAACCUCAUUUGUAACACCAAUAACCUGGGCGUGGUUGCCCCGCUGGGAUACAAUGGCCUGCUCAUCCUCAGCUGCACCUUCUAUGCCUUCAAGACCCGCAACGUCCCAGCUAAUUUCAACGAGGCUAAGUACAUAGCCUUUACCAUGUACACCACCUGUAUUAUAUGGCUGGCCUUCGUACCCAUCUACUUUGGCUCUAACUACAAAAUUAUCACCAUGUGCUUCAGUGUCAGCCUCAGUGCCACCGUGGCGCUGUGCUGCAUGUUCGUACCCAAGGUGUACAUCAUUCUAGCCAAACCAGAGCGUAACGUGCGCAGUGCCUUUACCACGAGCACAGUGGUGCGCAUGCACGUGGGCGACGGCAAAUCUUCCUCAGCCGCCAGCCGUUCUUCGAGUAUGGUUAAUCUGUGGAAACGUAAGGGCUCUACUGCAGAGAAUCUCAGCUCCAACGGUAAAUCAGUGUCUUGGGCGCAGACGGAGCGCAGCAGUAACCGCGGAAACCACCUGUGGCAACGGCUGUCCUUCCACAUCAAGAAGAAGGAGAACAACCAGACGGCCGUCAUCAAGCCCUUCUCCAAAACCUCUGAGGAGCGUUACUUUGGUGGGGGUGACCUGCCCCCACACAUGCCUCUGCCCUCCCUCCCCUCCAUGUCUUCCCUGUCCAUUCAUCAGGACUCUGUCACCGACAAGACCCUGUACGAGCUCUCUGAGGUGGAGGAGCGCUACUCGAACACGUACCUGCCGCAGACGCCCUCGCCCAUCAGCACCAUCAGCCAGAGACUAGGGGCCGGAGUCGGGGACGAUCACUCGAUGACUGGCGUUCCUAACUACCCGAGCAGCAUCUGCAGCGGGGGGAGCGUGAGCAGCGGGGGGGGCAGCAGUUGCGGUCCUACCAGCAGCGGCUCUCUGGUGGUGGGGAGUGACGGGCGUCUGAUUGUUCUGGACAAUUACCCGGCACCGCAUCCCAGCUCCCUGAUGGAUCAGAUCAGCUGCGUGGUGAACCGCUUCACCGCCAACAUCACGGAGCUCAACAGCAUGAUGUUGUGCUCUUCUCCGACGCACUCGCACUCCAACAAGCAGCCCCCCCCCUCUCCUCCACCAGCCGACCCCUAUCUGUUGCCCCGGGAGAUCCCGAUGGCCCCGACCCUCACCACCCAUGCUGACGUCCAGCCCCUCCCCCCCGUCGAGACCAGCAUGGCGGGCCGGAGCGGAUGUCCUGUUCACUCCAUUCCUCACUCAUCUUACCCCCUGCCGCCUCACAUUGGCCAGGCCUCCCCCUCUCUCUCCCCCAUGCGAGGAGGCCUCAUCCCCUGCCUCACCCACUCCCCUCUGAGGAGGGCCGAGUUGGAAGAGGAGCUUUUUGCUUUGACUCCGCCGUCCCCUUUCCGCGAUUCCCUGGGAUCUAGCAGUGGCUCGCUCAUCUCAGAGACAGGCCUGUGUCUCCCCCCAGCCCCCUCCCCCCCUUCGCCCAGGUACAGUAGACUGACACUCAGAAACUACAGCCAGAGUUCAUCCUCACUGUGAGGCAGAGUUUUCAUGUGAAGAAAACGCAGAUUUGAAGAGGAGUGCUCAAAAAAACGACACGGUUGAUAUGAGUGAAGAGUAUUGGAGGAUGGAAACACUGAAAUCCAUCCGUCCUUACGUGAAACUAGAAGUAAAGGGGUCGUGGUAAAGGAUUCGUGAACAGCUGGUUGAUGAGGACACCAAGCUGCGGCAGUGUUUGUGUUUACAUGUUUGCAUUGAGAUGCAAGUAUGAGAAGCUUGCCCACGUCGUAUUUUCUUAGUGCAGUUUAUCAAAAGCGGGGCGUGAAGAGUUGCAAAAAAAAAAGGGCCACAGUGACUUUGAGAUGUUUUAGUGUCUGUAAAGUCAAAAAUCAUUCUUGAAGUUCUAGAGCAUAGAUUGUAUAUAAGAAGUGGUAAACUUGGUUUGUGGACUAACGUGUGGAAGCCUUGAGUACUGCAUCUUGGCCGUCAUCAUCUUGUGUUUUUUGGAGUAAAAGGUGAGAAUUUUGGACAAAAGGGUAACGCAUUGUUAUGUCUCUACCCUGAUCCACAGGUCGCCCUAAAGCAUGCCUUACUUUAUCGUCUACUUUACUCAAAAUGGGACCAUCAUUUAGAAACUGAAUAUCGUACCUUAAUGAGAAAGACCUCAAAUUAGCGACUAAGAUCAUUAGGAUUAAGGUCAUAUUCUAAAAGACUUCUAUAGAAUUGCAAUGAUUUAUUAUUUCGAGGACUUUGACCCCUGCUGUAUAUUAGAAAUUGAGAAGGUUCUAGGCUCCUUUGCAUUGGCUUCACCUUUCAGACCCAAAAAGCUACAUCCACUUGUUGUGCACAGUCUAUGGUUUAGAGCUACAUAUAUGUUAGGUUUGGGUAGUGGCCUUAAGGUUCUAUGGCUAUCAACUAAUUAGAGAGGAGUGUGUGUCUGUGUGUGUGUGUGAGUGUGCUAUGUGUGCAUGAGUAUGUUUAAUGGUGAGAUUAAACUCCUAAAGCAUGUACGGACAAAACAAAGGCUAUUUGCUGACACACACGUAAACAUAAACACAUAGGCGUGAGCCAACAUAUACGCAUACAAUUUAAGGGAAAAAAACUGUAAAUAUACGAGAAGAUAUGGAUUUUUCUUGGUAAAGAAAAUCUUACACGUUUCUGACAGAAGUGCAAUGUGUUAACAUACCAGACUGUAUGUUACUCUGAAGAACAGAGCUUUUUUUGUAUUCAUCCAGCUCUCCAAUCUGUUCCCCUUACAUUGCUUUUUUCUCCUCUCCUCGUUCUCCUGCUGCUUUCUUUUGUCCCGCCAGUCAUUUAGUAUUUUCUACUCUUCCAGUUUGUUUUCCUCAGAAGUUUUGAAUGUAUAUUUUCUAAAUGAUUCCUGGAGCAGUUGGGACCAAACCUUUUGUACCUCCCUGUCUGUGACUCGAGAACGAGCGAGAGGAGGGAUUGACAGGACCAGGCCUUGUUUGAACAUAAACAUCUUAGUCAUAAACUCUUGGAUUAUUACCAAAUAUGACUUUGUAGUUUAUAGUUAGUGUAUGACAUUUGACAAGGGAACAUUUAUCAUUUGGAUCCCAGUCGUGACAUUUUCUCUAAACGAUCUGUCAGCAGGACAUAAUGGUCAUUGUUAAAUGAAGACGGUGCUUUGAAUGAGACUAACUGGAAUUGCUAACAUCUCGUGUGUUAGCGGCCACAGUUUGAUAGACUCAAGCUGGGAGACCUUCUACAAGGGUCAUCUCUUGCACAUCCGAAAAUACUUUUUUAGUUUUCUCCGUCAGACAAAUAGGUGCAGAACAACGAAAGAGGCUCAUAUUGAAUGGACGUACUUGAGAGCUGUAUCGAUUUUCUCCUCGCUCAGAAAAAAGAGAAAUUAAAAAUGUCAAUCUGUUACUUUAAAGUAAGGCCUCAUGAGAAUGUCUCCAAAGUCAAACUAACUAAUUUGGUAAAAUGUUGCUAGUGACAAAAUCCAAGUGGUACUUACACUUUCAAUCAAUUUGAGAUGUUUUUCUAAAAAUGUCUGUCGAUGGAUAAACAGAACCAAACUUGGAAAGAUUGCAAAACCUUAAAUGUCUAGUUUGGCUAUUUAAGAUUUGUGUUUAAACAUAUGCCUUUCAACGGAAUAUAUCGUUCUUACAGUACAUGUGCCAACAGAAUUUCUGAGUACCCAGAGUAGUCCUGGGAUAUCAAAUGUGCCGAUGGAUGCAUUCACUAAGAUGCUUUUGAGAAAUGGGGCCUUGGCUUCGUGACAGCUCCUCCGGAAAAAAAAAAACGAAGGGUCAGAAGGUUGUGAUACACGACACAAACAUUUUUCAACAUUUUAUACAAUCUGCCCGAAAGUAUAUCCGACUCAUUUAAAAUGAUUGAACUGUUUGUAUCACAACAAAAUGAGUUGUCCAACAUGUUGCCUGUGUUCUCUCGUCCGUCUGCUGUACGAUGCAGAUGCAGUUCAUGGUCUCAUUUCUCUUGUGAGUGUAGUAUUUCUGCUUAACAGUAGCCAGCAAGAACAAACUCAGAAAAAGGGAUUCUGUAAAUAAUAAGGGCAUGCAAAGACAGUUCUGUUUUGUUUCAGAUGAAAGUAAAUCUAUUUACAUAUCAACAAAGGUGAAAAAAAAAAAUGAAAAAAGAGAUGUUUUUGAACUAUGUGAUGACAUCAUACAGUACCAAUGUGUGUUACGACUACAGAAACUGUGUUACUACUCUUAAUAUGUGAGUGACCAUUCCUAUUCAAAUGUCUUGUAAUUCAACAAUAUAAUAAUGAUUAAUAUUACGAUGAUUAUUGUGCCAAAGGGGUUAGGGAGGGUCUAGAUUACUAGCUCGUGGGUAGAUAAAUGGUUUCAUACAAAAAAUUCUAAAAAUAUAAAUGUAAAACUGUUUCUAUUGUUUUUGGAUAUUUUCUAUAUAAAUAUUCCAUAUUUUCCAGUGUUGAAGCAAUAUUUACCACACGUAUACAAGGUGCGCAUCUGAAGGGUUUCAUAAACAAUGUUUUCAAUUGUUCUUCUUCAUCCUGCUGUAAUCUCUGAGGGAUACAUUUAGUAACUCGUAACUUCCCUAUUUUUCCAUUGUGAUCCUCUCACUUUAGACUUGUUGUUCCUCUCCUACUGCUGUGUGUUUCUGGUCCAGUCUAAGUCAGAUUACAAUCCACUGAAGACGAGCUGCAGUUUGAAAGAGAGUCAAGGAGUUGUGUGUGCCAUAAUUGUUGCUACCCUUUUUUGCUGUCCUCAUAUUUUAUAUAUUCUCCUGUCCUCAAAGUAACCCCAGUAUGUCUCUAAAGCUCAGAGCAACACAACAAACUUCUGCUUGGAUCUUAAAUGAGGGAAAAAAACGAAUUGGGUCCCAUAAUCAGCAUCUGAGAUAAUUGCACAUGAGAGGGUUACAAAUGUACAAAGAUAAAAGCACCAAAGGAGAACUGCUGGUCUUAAUUGUUGACUAAAUUGGUUCUUGUCUCAAAGUGCUGUCUGUGCAUCAUUACCUCUACAUCUACUAAUUUUAAUCGUCGAGGUCCUGACCUGUUGUCAGAAAGUGAACCAGCGCUCUAGCUCAGAUGCUAUCGCUAAGGAGUUUCUUUGUGUGCUUCUGUCACUGGCAGUGUGGAAACAUGCAGGGAGCUUGCUUCAGCACUUCAGCUGCAUCUUAUCAGCCCCUCUGGGUUAGGCUUGACAGCUCUGUGUUACCUCGGCAGAAAAAGACAGGAUCACUGCUUGAGUCUACUGAGGGCUCAGUUCUACGACAUCUUUUAAUAAAAAUCAAGCGAUCAUUAAAAAGGAGUGCAGCAGGCUUUUUACAAAAUUACAGUUUGAAAAAGCACCGAGUCAUGGCCUUGGAUAUUUGGUGUGAAGAAAUAAUGCAGGCAUUGAAUUGUUAGGUCAGCAUAAGGUCAUAGAGAAAUAUAAAUGCUAUCUAGCGUUUUGACCAAAUUACAUUUCAGACCCUCUUUCAUCUGAAUCCAAUCUUUUUAGUGCUUUCAACACCUGGUGAGCUUUCAAACAUUUUCCUUGACAAAUGCCUCUAAUGGUCCCUUUUUUAAAUAAAAGCAAGUCAAGCCAUUUUGCUUUCUGCCCUAAAACUAACUAUCACUUAACAUUUGACCUCAAGGUUGAAAAAAAGAUUCCACUCAUAUUAAUUGGGUUUAAUGUCAGUUAUAUUUAUUUCCCCUAAUGUACUCGCCAAAACAUGAUGAGUAAAAUCUAAGAUGAUCUCCUGAUUUUUUUCCUCAAAACUAUGUUAUUUUACAUAAAUGCACUCUAAAGAAUUGGAUUAUUAAUCCCUGCGCUCAAAAACACUUGUAAUCCAGACAUGCGCAUCUACUGAUGGGAGGAAAACAAUAAACACAAGGUCAUGUAGUUUACACUGUUUACUUAUCAUGGGGCUCUAAAUGUAAUUUAGUUUUGGAUUGCAGAAAACAGAAUCGGUUGGCAGAUUGCUGAUUUACUGACGAGGGAGGCAGUUUUUCAGUCAAUCAAUCCCCCCCCCCGCCCUGCCGAGUAUUUGUCUGAUUUGCUACAGAAAACAGGACUAUGUUUACUGUGUAAACACCAUGCUGACGUAUGGUUGAAUGUUCUGUCAGGGCUGGCAUGGAGACUCUUCGUUUCUUCUCAGUACUGUCAAAGGCUCUUACAGAAUGAUUAUGAUGUGUCAUGAUGCAGACCUUUGUGAGUGUCAUUUGGUAAAGCUCACAAAUAGUUUCUUACAUUUUUAACAGCAUUAAUGGAAUAAGUAAAUCACAAAAUCUAAAGAAUUUGAUGACUGAAAUACUAACGGUACGCAUCCCCAAGAGUGAAUUUUGGUUAAAAAUAUGGGUAAUUUAAAAGUUAGGGUUAUUAUUUGAUAGCAAAUCUGAAAUAAAAACCAAAAACAGAGGAACUUUACCCAUUUUUUAAUCAAAGGAAUCUACUUUGGCUGCAGCCGGUUUAAUCUACCUUGUUGCCCGAGAGUUGACAGCUCAUCAAAAAUCAUCAACAGUGUUUUUGUAAGUUGUGCGAAGCCGAUGAUUUGAAUGUUGCUUUUUAUAACGGAGUAAAGAGCAUGUGUUUUUUGAUAAGCGGUCUUUCCCUCAGUCAAUAGCGUAAAAUCAUUUUAGGCCAUCAGUGUAUGUUAUAUAUUGCAGAGGAGAAGGAGUUGUGUUAUAAGAGAUUAUGUUUGUAUUAUAUUGAUAAGAGAGAAGAGUUUGUGUACGUAUUUAUCUGGUUUUAGGAUUUAUGAGGAUGUUGAAUUAUUAAGCAGGUCUGUGAGUGUCUUUAUGGCAUUAUUGUUUUGCAUACAUAGCUGGCAAGAUGCAGAAUUUACAGUAUUGUGUAUUGAUGGUUAGUAAUAUAUUUAUUAGAGGGUUAAACCAAAACGAGCUGUGAUAUUGCACCAUAUAACGCAGAGUUGUCCUUGCGGGGCAUGAUGGGGGAUGGGAGAAAGUCUUUCUUUCAGAGAACAUGGUUUUUAUAUUCUUCAUAGAUUAUCAUGUUUGGAUUUCUGCUCUGGACAAAAACUCUAUUAAUGCCCCCCCGCUCAACAUUUUAAAUAGAUCCUAUUUUCAUUAGUGUUAGAGGUAUCAAUAAGGAGAUGAAUGCUGCCUAGAAGUGAUGUUUACAUUCGUACUGCUGAUCGUGUUUAAUGAGUGACUUCAGUCCUUGUGACGUUUUACAAGCAUCUAAGUUAACGUUCAUGUUUAGUUUUUUUCAGGAGCCUAAACUAGUUUUAUUCUUGACAAAGGCAGCCCAUCUGCAUAUAAAUGAAGGCGCUGUGUUGUUUUCCAGUCUGUUUACAACCCAAGCAUUGGAAGCGGUUAGUUUAGGCUUAGUUUUGAUCAAAAGAAAAUGAUGACGGGCUUCCAUAAACGUCAUUGAAGGGAAGCGGGGCGAGCUGAAUUCCCUGUAAUGAAUGAAGAAUGUAAUUUUUUUUCUAUAUUCAUUUAGCAUUCACUCCAUAAAAUGACUUACUAAAACGGAAUUCUAUGAUAAAAGUCUUUAUUUAUUUGAAAGAAAUAGGGCUUGAAUUGCAGCGCAUCCCCAGAUGUGUUUCAUCAACGCUCCUCCACUCAGUGCCAACUUUCUAUCCUCUUCUUAUUUCAGGGGGGGUGGAUAAACACUGCUGAUAUAUGAUUCAACUAAAGUGAUAUCUACAUAAAUAUAUUAAAAUGUAUAUUUUUUUCACAAGCCGUUUAACAAAGUCAACAUCUUGUAAAUGUGAUACGGAUUAAAUGUAUUACUAAAUGAAGCGUUGUAGUGUUUAUCCACCCUCAGGGACAUUUGAUCGUUUUAAUGAACAUUACCUUUUUUUUUAAAGUUUUGUUUUUUGUGUUUUUUUUCUCUGAUGUUCAGAACUAGAAUGUCAUUUGAUGCUUUGUAUUGGUGUGAUAAUGGAAGAUGGUUUUAUAUUUGGAUAUUUGACUCUCCAUUUAAUAUUUUCACUAUGGAUCCAGCUGUUUGGGGAAUACAGAUUGUUUCUAAGUGGCUUUUUAGUGGGGGUUGUAAACUUCAGGCAGAUUUUAUGUUCAAUCUCUGUUUUUGCCAAAUUAGCUUUAGACGUACAAAACUAGAUUAGAUGUUUUUCUACCAGAAAGCUUUGCUAACUAAAUGGGAUCCAAACUGGAUUUCACAUUGUUUUGUCACUGACUCCUGGGCCUCGUUCACAGCCUUUUUGGAGGUUCCCCACAGACCUGGCAGCGAGGAACAAGAACAGUUCUAGCCAAACACGGUUCUUCUCAUCUCCCAAUUAAUGAAUCUUGAUCUAAAUUGGCCCCCGGCGAUGCCUGUGAAGCCAACUCUUUGGGCUUCGCUAAUGCCAUUGGGAACAAUAAAGAGAAAGGAGAGUGGGCUCCCUGUGCUUUUGAUACAUCAAUACAGUGUUCUUGUUUAUCAAUAAACACCAUAAGGAUAGGCGUAAGGAGGUUUUUAGAACAGCAAGAGUUCACAUUUGGUCAUUUGGUUUUAUCUUAUGUGUUCAGUUGUUUUGGAGCAAUAAAAGCACAUUAUAUAACUAUAGACAAUAAAUCCACUUAUUUACCCAGAAUGAAGGCCUCAUCAACUAGUGCACAGUUGUGGGUACAUCUAUUUAUAAAUAUUUUUAAAUAAAUUAAAUAUUUUGAUACGGCCAGGCAGGGAGUGCAGAUGCAUCAAUGGGAUCUGAGAAGAAGCCUGUGAAAAGGAGGAACAGGGAAACUACAUUUCAGAAGAGCAUCAGGUAGCUUCCUGUACAUACCAGGGAGUAACUAAGACUGUAUGGUAAGGGAACACAUGAAUUAUAUCUUUUGUUGAGCGAUACUCCGCUCUGUGAACACACUGUGCUCCCACCACACGCUGGCAUUACCAGGUGGAUUUUUAAAAGUCACUAUAGUUUGACUCGGUGAAGCGCCCACACACUGAGCGGAACAAAAAUGGAACAAAAAAAAAUCACAGGGCAUUCAUUAAGUCUAACUCACAGCUCUUCAUGAUGACAUUUUUUCUUUCUUACUGGGAUGUAACACAACAUUUCUGGGACCCUUCAGUCACUGUGACCGUGCAGCAGUGAUGUGGAGUCAGACAGGAAGUG